AUGGCUGACCUGAAGCACAAAAUCCUAAUGGUUUCAGAUUUUUUCUAUCCCAACUUCGGUGGUGUGGAAAACCACAUUUAUUAUCUGUCACAGUGCUUGCUAAAGCUUGGUCACAAGGUGGUUGUUAUGACUCAUGCUUAUGGUAAUCGCUCUGGGGUGAGAUACAUGACUGGUGGCCUUAAAGUGUACUAUGUACCAUGGAGACCAUUUCUUAUGCAGAACACCUUGCCAACUGUUUAUGGGACGCUUCCAAUUAUAAGGACUAUCCUCAUUCGAGAAAAAAUAUCAUUGGUGCAUGGGCAUCAAGCUUUCUCAACUCUUUGUCAUAAAGCCUUGAUGCACGCACGCAUCAUGGGUUAUAGAGUUGUAUUUACUGAUCAUUCACUCUAUGGUUUUGCUGAUAUUGGAAGCAUUCACAUGAACAAGGUGUUGCAGUUUACUUUAGCAGAUGUGAGCCAGGCCAUCUGUGUUUCUCAUACAAGCAAGGAAAACACAGUGCUACGGUCAGGUCUACCACCAGAAAAGGUCUUUGUAAUACCAAAUGCCGUGGACACUGCUAUGUUCAAGCCAGCCCCAGAGCGGCUUGGCAAUGAUGAAAUUGUUAUUGUUGUGAUAAGUAGAUUGGUUUAUCGAAAGGGUGCAGAUUUGCUUGUUGAAGUCAUUCCAGAAGUUUGCCGUUUGUAUCCUAAUGUACGGUUCAUUGUUGGAGGAGAUGGACCUAAGCGAGUAAGGCUAGAAGAAAUGAGGGAAAAACACUCUCUUCAAGAUCGAGUUGAAAUGCUGGGUGCUGUACCACAUGCUCGUGUACGUUCUGUCUUGAUUUCUGGCCAUAUAUUUUUAAACAGUUCUUUGACAGAGGCAUUCUGCAUAGCCAUAUUAGAAGCUGCUAGUUGUGGGUUAUUGACAGUCAGUACACGUGUAGGAGGCGUACCUGAGGUUCUGCCAGAGGACAUGAGUGUACUUGCAGAACCAGAUCCUAGUGAUAUGUUAAGAGCAAUUGGAAAGGCAAUAUCUCUACUUCCAAAUAUUGACCCGCAACUGAUGCAUAGUCGUAUGAAGAAACUCUACGAUUGGCAUGAUGUUGCAAAACGAACAGAGAUUGUCUAUGACCGAGCUUUGAAGUGCCCUGAUCAGAAUUUAUUAGAACGACUCUCACGGUACCUCCCUUGUGGUCGUUGGGCAGGCAAGAUUUUUUGCUUCGUUAUGAUAAUUGAUUUUUUGCUAUGGCGUCUGCUGCAACUCUGGCAGCCAACAGAGGAUAUUGAGGAGGUGCCUGAAUUUACUUUACCCCAUCAUCAAGAUGAUGGAAUGAUCUCAAAUUUCAACGAGGAUCAAAGCUUGCGAUAA